AUGAUUUCCGAGGUCAACAAAUACAUUGCGGCUUUCCUUCUGUGCUGGCUUCUCUUUUCUGCCAGCGUCAUUGAUGCUGACGAUGGAUUUCCCAACCCGGGACAUUACAAGCGGCCGAUCGUUCUUGAUAGAUCAGGCGGGUUCCAAAUUGGUGGGAGAAUCAUUCACAGUCCAUACUACUACAACAUGACGCUCUCUUGCGACCACGGAUAUAUGGAAUACUUCAUUCCGCGCCGCCCCCGCCAGACUGCCCUCGUCAUGUGGCAUAGUGCCAGCACACAGAUAUGGCAGAACCGAUGGGACGGCGGAGAAGGCUUCAAGGACAUGUUCCUGCGCCGCAACUACCCGGUCUACCUCUGGGACGGCCCGAGGGUCGGCCGGGCGAACUGGGCGUGCGUCCCGAUGACCUACAUCCCGGAUUACCGCGACCAGGGCAACUUCGCGGCGUGGAACUUCGGGCCGCGGUUCCCGGAGUGGUGGCCCGACGUGCAGUUCCCGACCGAGGACCGCGACGAGCACUGGCAGGAGGCGACCAGCGCGAGGUACGUGGAGAUCGACACCGUCGAGAACGUGGAGCUGCACAGCUACACCGCCGCCGUGGCUGCCGACUCCGGGAAGGUCGGCAAGAGCAUCGUCUACCUGACGAACUCGGCCGCUGGGCUGAGGGCCAUGAUGACGGCCACCAAGUCGAACACGACCAAUAUCAAGGGCAUCGUGAUGUACGAGAGCGUUGGGUACGUCUUCCCCGAUAAUGCGAACAUCACGCAAGGCGGUGCAUUUGGACCUUUUGUGGUGCCGCUGGAACGCUUUAAAAAGCUGGCGAAAGUGCCGGCGAUCCAGUUCGUCUUCGGCGACCACAAGCCGGAGACGGACAUGUACGUGAAGCAGGCACGGCUAGAAGCCAAGUUGAUCAACCUCUACGGCGGCAACGCGCAGGUCUUGAAGCUUGGCGACGAUGCGGGGCUCAAGGGCAGUACGCAUAGUGCGUUUGCUGACAUGGAUAAUGAAGAGGUUGCGGGUCUGCUGGAAGAGCUUUUGCAUAAAAACAGGUUGGACUUUUAUCAGAAUAACGGGGAUGACGACAGUGACGAUGAAGAUGAGGAAGACGAAGAUGACAAAAGAGGAGGAAGAAGAUAG